AUAUGACCGGACCGAUUGCCACCCGUGCCAAGGGCUAAUUGGAGAAAAGGGAGAAAGGGGGCUCUUUGGGUGGAGAUUGAGCGAAAGAGAGAGGAAGCGGGAGAGAAGUAGAGCGAUGGCCAAGCCUUUGGGACCGACGGGGGAGUUCUUCCGGCGGAGGGACGAAUGGAGGAAGCACCCGAUGGUCGGCAACCAGAUGCGCCACGCCCUCCCGGGCCUCGGCACCGCCCUCGUCGCAUUCGGCAUCUACCUCGUCGGCGAGGCCAUCUACAACCGCCUCUACCACUCCGAUCCCCAUUCCUCCCACCAAUGAAUCAAAAACCCUAAGGUGAGAGUGUGGUGAAGAAAUGGAAUAUGGGACCUUUAGCCUUUUCUUUUUUAUUAUUUCUUAUUGUAGUUUGAAAGGCACAUAAUCCCUGUACUCGUUCUAGGAUUUUAUGUGAAUCUACUCUCAUAAUUUCCAACCAGAGACGCAUAUCCCUGGUUUGCUUUAACAUGCUUUUGCUUUCAAAUUUAUGAAAUAUAAUGUGUUUGCUUUCUGUACUUCUGUACUUUCUGGUGCUAGUCUAUGAAGCAUGAAGCAUUUUAUA